UGAGCAAUAGAUGAGAGACAGAGAGAGUUGGCAUUUAUAGAACAACAUAACUCUCUCUGAAUUCCUCUCUGUCCCGCAGUCCCUCCCAUAUAUUGAUCAAUGCUCAGCAAUUGAUCUCUUUCUCACACAGAGUCACACAGUAGCUUCUCUGCAAACCAUAAAAUUUCUGCAAUUCUAUCCUCGUACAUCAUCAACCCACAGACAGGUCCACACCAGCAUCUGCAACACCAUAAACAUAAACAAAAACAAAAUCAAAAUCAUCUUUCAAAUUUCAGUCACUCCCCACUACUGCUCAUACCUAUAUAUCCCUUUUGUUUCUUUCUUUUAUAAACGCUAGAACCAACUUUUACUGCAUAGUUAUUCUUUCAAGAACAGCUUAUUAACCCUCCCUCCCCCCGCCAACCUCUCUCUCUCUCUCUCUUCAGCUCCACAUACAGAUAGCAUGCCUGAAUGUCCAGAGAAAGGGAGAGAUUUGAUGAGAUAGGGAAGAAGAUCAAGAGAGAAUCCGAUGCCUCCUCUCGAAUGGGAAGAAGACAUAUGUUGAGCCCUCCUGGAAUCCUCAACACCAUCACACCUUGCGCGGCAUGCAAGCUCUUGAGGCGGCGGUGUGCCCAAGAAUGCCCCUUUUCUCCAUAUUUCUCCCCUCAUGAACCCCAAAGAUUUGCUUCUGUUCACAAAGUCUUUGGUGCAAGUAAUGUUUCAAAGAUGUUAAUGGAGGUUCCAGAGAGCCAAAGAGCUGAUGCAGCGAAUAGUCUUGUUUAUGAGGCGAAUGUGAGGCUUAGAGACCCAGUUUAUGGGUGUAUGGGGGCAAUUUCGGCUUUGCAACAACAAGUUCAAUCUUUACAAGCUGAACUUAAUGCAGUAAGGGCUGAGAUACUGAGAUACAAGUACAGGGAAAGUACUAUCAUUCCUUCUUCUCAUAUAGCUCUACUUUCUUCCGGGGCUGCUGUUUCGAUUGCUGCACCACCACCAGCUCCAUCACCAUCACCGCCCUUGCCGCAGCCUCCUCCUUCUCUUCCUCCCACUUCUUCAUCUUCUUCCUUGUACACCCCUCCAUCGAAUGCUACAGACUAUAGUGCCAUCUCAAAUGAAAAUGUCUCCUACUUUGGUUAAAUUUCUAGGCUUAAUAUCUCAUUUAUUUAUAUCCAUAAUUUCUAUAUAUAAUGAAUCAAGAGAAAUAAGGUGAUCAGUACUAGAUUAUUGGAAUUAUUGGGUUGUUGAGUAGUACUGUAAUUACUGUCUUAGUCUAUGACAGAAAUCCCAUAUCUUGUUUAGAUAUUGUUGGUUAGCUUGUAUCUUUCUUUCUUUCACAUUCCUUAUCUUGAAUAUCUCUUAUCAUUUACUCUUGAAAGGCCACUAAAUGCAGAAAUUAUCAUAUAUGCCCAUCAGGGAAAAUCAA